UCAUUCGGACCGCAGCUGGAGCAGAUAAUGCUCCUCGCGCCUUGCUUUUUGCCUUGCACUUUGUCAGCUGCAGCAGCCACUCCUCUGGGCUCGGCGGGUUGCGGGAGAGAAAGACGCGCGGACGCUUUGCGGCUUCUUGGGAAAAGGACGGGUGCGUCACACCAGUGGGCAGAUCAUGGCCCAACUGCUGGUGAAAAAACGGCGCCCUCCUCGGAUUGAGCCGGGUCAAUCAGCUAACUCCGUGUACCCAGUGCUUUUCCCCGAAGUCGUGCUCGGCCUGGUUGAGAAGAGGAUGGGCACCAGCCGGAAAACGUUCCUCACCUCCUUGGCUCGCAGCCGAGGCUUCUGUGUAGACGAUCCCUGCAGUGAGAAAGUGACUCACGUUGUGUCCGAAGGCAAUUCUGGAGAUGAGGUGGUUGAGUGGCUGAAGAAGAAUGGAAGGCCACCUGCCAAAGCAGGUGUAGGAGAUGGGCCAGCUCUGCUGGACUUCAUCUGGUUCACGGAGAGCAUGGGUGCCAGUCGGCCCGUUGAGAUUGAACCCAGGCAUCGGCUGAAGGUGGCCACUCCUAUAGGGCCACCAGAAGAAAAAGGCCAGGUGGCCCCCUACAUCUGCCAGAGACGGACUCCCCUGCUGCACCACAACUCCACACUCACGGAGGCCCUCGAAACUAUGGCGGAAGAGGCGAAAUUCAAUGGCAGUGAGGGUCGCAGCUUGGCCUUUUCCAGGGCGGCUUCGGUGCUUAAGGCCCUGCCCUGGAGGGUUGACAGGAUUCAGCAGCUCCAUACUGUGCCUUGCAUUGGGGAGCAUUCGCGGAGAAUCAUCCAGGAAAUGCUGGAAGAUGGGAUCUCUGCAGAGGUGGAGAAAGUCAGACAAUCGGAGAGAUACCGGACAAUGAAGCUUUUCACAAAGAUCUUUGGAAUUGGAGUAAAGAUAGCCAGCCAGUGGUACCAGGAAGGCCUCAGGACGCUCGCUGACUUAUCAUUGCACCAGGUAAAAUUGAACAAAGAACAACAAGCAGGACUUAUUCAUUAUGAAGACCUCAAUACCCCUGUGGAGCUCUGGGAAGCCGAGGCCAUCAGCCAGGUGGUCCGCCAGGUGAUUGAGCAGAUUUUGCCUGGAGCGACAGUCACGCUGACCGGGGGAUUUAGGAGAGGGAAGCCACGUGGCCACGAUGUGGACUUGCUUAUCACCCAUCCUUCUGAAGGUGAAAAAAUGGGACUCCUGCCCAAAGUCAUCAAUAUCCUGGAUAGGCAGGGCUUCUUGCUGUAUCACAGUUUCCACCGAAGCAGCCUCCUCUCACUCGAAGAUGAAGAGCUGUGGGUUAGCGGUGGUUCGAGCCACAUGGACCACUUUGAGCGCUGCCUCUCCAUCUUUCAACUCGGGGACCAUCUUACUGGAAGCCAUCCAGGGGUUGUAGGGGCCGCCGCUGUUCAGACCGCUGGCACCUCUGGCAGGUCCCGUCCCCGAAAAGCUGUGCGGGUGGACUUGGUGGUGACCCCCUAUGGCCAGUUUCCGUUUGCUUUGCUCGGCUGGACCGGCUCACGGAAUUUUGAACGAGACCUCCGCCGUUUCUCUAAGCGGGAGAAGAAAAUGACCCUCAAUAGCCAUGGUCUCUAUCACCUGGAGCAGAAAAUUUUCCUGCCUGCUGCGUCCGAGGAAGAGAUUUUCCUGCAUUUAGGACUGGAGUAUAUACUGCCUGAAGAGAGGAAUGCUUGAGCCAUUGUUGUACAAAGUCCUUUUUUCACCCUAUGGAAUUCACAAAUGAAUGAGAAUCACCCAGGUUACAUUUCAUAUAACUUUCACUCGUGUGUGUGUGUGUGUUCUCUCUAAUACAUGAUUUAUUUCUGGGUUGUGUCAAUGAAACUUUAGAAAAUACAUCACU